AUGACGCAAACACUAGACUUUUCCCUUCGCUGCAAUACGUUGACCUGCCGGACGAUCUUGAACGACCGGGCCGUGGUAACCACCUGUUCACACAUUUUCUGUCUAACGUGUGCCGAAAGCCUUGGUCUUUCGAGACCAACUGCUCAAACGCGAAGCUGUCCAGCAUGCCAGACAAAUCUGCCGAAUCCUGACGACGCUGUUUCAACCAUUCUCAACCCAUCGGAGGACUACAAGACUAGCGUGAUGAGUGGCUUGGACCCAACGACAAUCAUGGAGUGCGCAGGAAGAGCCCUCUCGUUUUGGGCGUAUCAGACAACACAAGAAAUAUGUUACCAGGAGUAUCUGAAUAAAAGUCUUACAGAUAAAUACCGUUCCUUAAACACAGAUCUUGAGAAAGUGAUCAGUAGUGCUGAUACCGAAAUAUCAACUUUACAAAGCAAACUUACUGAGGCACAGUUGGCACAGGAUCAAGUCCAAAAGAAGAAUGAAGAGCUCAUUACAAUGUACCAAGAGAAGUGCAAGAAGCACACGCAAAUGAUCAAUCUUUACAAUCUGCUGAAAAGCCGAGCCAUGCGUUCCCAGAUCCAGACUGCUGCUUCGGAUUCAGUUUCACAAGCUUUGAAAUCCUUACCUCGCACGAGCAAUACGCGAGUGCCCAUGAAUGGCAUAGAUUAUUUGACCGGUAAUGAUAGUAGGCCGAUAGUGUCCCAGACCACGAGAGUGACGUCAAGGCAUUUCAAUGCUUUGACAUCGCCAGAGACUUUUACUAGUGGUGCAGAACAACUCUUCAAACACCAGAGGAGUGGAGGAGCAAGCUCAAGAAAAAGCCGAAGUGGACUUGGUAUUGAUAUCGAAGGGAUGCCGCCACCAAAGCUUCCAUUUUCUGUUCCCCAACCGUCCAUUCCAACUCCAGAUCACCACCGUACACGUCUACCUGCACCGCCGCGGGAAGCUUUCGUCCAUGGUGGACAGCAUCACGUUGAAAAGGCAAGCUCGACUCUGGAUUUCGGACGAUUUAAAGAUUUUACGUUCAAGCCUGGUUAG